GCGGCGCGGCUCGAGCCUCAGUCAGCGCGAGUACGCGCCCCUGUGCACUUCGGCCCUCGUCGAGCAGCCGCCGACAGGCAACAGCAGCGUGCUCCGCGAUGAUUCUCGCCACAGCGUUCGUAACCCUUCUCGCUUUCGCAGACGUCCACGCCAGCUGGGAGGAGUGGUGGACUUACGAUGGCAUCUCAGGUCCGGCUUUUUGGGGUUUGAUUAACCCGCAGUGGAACUUGUGCAACAAGGGGAGGAGGCAGUCGCCAGUCAACAUUGAACCUUCAGCUCUCCUCUUCGACCCGCACUUGACAGCGAUCCACGUGGACAAACAUAAGAUAAGCGGCACCCUGUGGAACACAGGACAGUCGUUGGUGAUGAGAGUGGACGGCGACACGAAACACCAUGUCAACAUCACCGGCGGGCCUCUAGCCUACAGAUACCAGUUUGAAGAAAUCUAUAUCCACUACGGUGCGGAGAACCACCAAGGCUCGGAGCACCGAAUCCACGGACACGCAUUUCCUGCCGAGCUGCAGCUAUACGGCUACAACAGCGAGCUGUACCGGAACAUGACUGAAGCGCAGCACCGACCGCACGGCAUCGCGGCCAUCUCUCUCAUGCUACAGGUUGGGGACGUCCCAAAUCCUGAACUGCGAGUGCUGACGAGCGCUUUCAGCAAGCUGACUUAUCGAGGCUCCAACGCGCCAGUGCGAUAUCUCUCGCUGCGCAGCCUUCUGCCGGACACCGACUACUACAUGACCUAUGAGGGCUCCACCACUCACCCUGGCUGCUGGGAAACGGCCAUCUGGGUCGUCCUCAAUAAACCCAUCUACAUUACAAAGCAAGAGUUAUACGCCCUUCGGCGGCUGAUGCAGGGUCCCGAAGAAACACCAAAGGCCCCACUGGCCAACAACGUGCGCCCCUUGCAACCCCUGCACCACCGGACGAUACGGACCAACAUUGACUUCGACGGCAAGAGCCACCAAAACCCAACUGAAAAGUGCCCGACACGCGGAGAAGUUCUCUACAAAGUGAACACGCGGCACAUAACUCAAUCGGACCUGGCCAUGGACUUGAAUACUUUGUAAUUUGCCAACGUCGUGCUACUAGAGGUUAAAUUUUGAUGUCAGCGCAGCGUCGAUUUUUUAAGACAGGAGAACAAUUUAAAAAAAAUACAUAACUGUGAUCUUGAUGAAUUUGCUAGAAUGUGGUUGCUUGUUAAGAGAGAAUAUGUAAACUUGGGACUUAAUGGAUGAGAAAACAUCUGGUCAAUUAUUGGAGCAAAUUAGACUAUACAAAGAGAUAUAAUAACUUAAAAUUAGAAGCUUGAAUGAUUGCGAAUCUUAAAAAUUUCAUUGUAUUGACCGAAUGAUUAAACUUACAUUGGAUUUAAAAAAACGUUUCAGCGCUUAUUGAAGAAGGUCAGAGGAAGUGAUUUUCAACCAGUUUGUCUAUACGUCCUUGUACAUCAAUAUUCAGAAAGCAAUUUUUUAUGAAUGCUGAUUUGAACAUUUUAGAUGAAAAAUAUGUAAUAUGCAAUAAAAUGGAAUAAAUAAUUGUAAAAAAUCACUAGACUAUUAUAUGCUAUGCGGUUUCAUUGUGUAAAUAAAAAUUAUAUACAAGCACUC